AUGAUGGUUCCCGCCAGAAUCUGGCUAUCAUUCCGGAAUAACGUCGUCAGCGUUGAAACGAAGGAGCUCGAGUAUGUCGAUGACCUCGCACUCGCGGCGCAAAACAUAUUCUCGCGUUCAUUGGGUGACUUCGACACGUCGGAUAUACUCCUCCAUACCAAGGAAAACGAAGAGCCGCUUAAUUCACAAUCACUCCUUAGCGAAUACGCUGAACCACUCUCCGAUUGCGCAAACUCGAAGACUCCCCUUACAAUCAAAGUCAAACCGAACGUUACCACAGUCAAACCGAACCUUGGUGUUGAAAAGGAGAUCGUCCGCUUUUGGAAGGAUCUGCCAGCGGCCCAAUUGCUUGGCGAGGGCAAGGAGCAAUAUCUGGACCUCAAAGAAUCUUAUGUGCUCGGAAAUCGAGAGCUUGGUCACCGCAUCGUCGUGCGCCCAGUUUACAACGAGCUCCGGGAAUGUUUUGAUCGCAAGAGUGCCAUGUCCAAAUGGGUUGUUACCGGUACUCCUGGGGUUGGGAAGUCAUUUUUUUCCGCUUACUACCUGUGGGUCGCUGCAUGCGAGAAGAAAACUGUCGUGUGGCAGCCUUUCGAAACGGAUCAUGAUGCUCGAUCGACCUAUUUGAUGACAUCGGACGGUGUUAGAAGAGCAGCUUAUGGUAGUCCUGAGCUUGUUAACGCUCUCGAGAACUCCGAAACAGUCUACAUCGUUGAUGGCCAACCUCCACUCCUGCGCCCCACCUGGACUCUCCUCGUCACGUCUCCAAACUACAAAAUCUACAAAGACCUUCGCAAACAAGCGUGCUCCCAGUUAUUGUAUAUGCCACCUUGGAGCUACGAGGAAUUGCGACAUUGCAAAGCCGUUCUCUAUGCAGAUGAAGAAAAAUUACCCACAACGCUCAUGAACCAGCUUUUCGACUGGUGCGGUGGUGUGCCGCGAUACGUUUUACAGUUUGCCUCGACUGAAUACGAAUCCAAUAGUGGCGACGUGGAAGCUGCGGUGCAAACGGUUGUUGAUAUUCUGACAGAUGCCAUUGACAGAGGUUCAUUGAAUGAUAUUAUAGAAGCGCAUCAGUCCAGAAGCCGUGAGGGAGAUUAUUCGCAUCGUGUGCUACACCUAUGUAGGCACCCCAGCGGAAGCCUCAAUCGGUUUCACUUGGCGUGGGCAUCAUCCUUAGUCGAGAACGAAAUGCUCGAAAGAUUCUCGCAGGAAAUUCUACAUCAAAUGAAGCACUUCCUUCGACCCACUGAUGUCGACUCCCGGAGCAAUCUACGCGGAGUAAUUUUCGAGGUCCACGCUCACAUCAUGUUGCGAGAUGGCGGAAGUUUUCAAGUCCGUCGACUUUGCGAAGGCGAUGCGACGAGCGGUCAGAACGUUCAGGUAGCGUUUCCCCCAGCCAAGAUUCGAUAUUUCCGAUCUUACGACGAAGUUGACCUGCGCGAAAACACGCUCUGGCGGCCGUUCAGUAACACUCUGCCAUCAAUCGAUUCGCUGCGUGGACCAGCAAAUUUUUUUCAAAUGACAGUUUCCCAAACACAUCCGAUCAAGCAUCACGACAUCAGCAAUGCUCUAAAACAGGUGGCAGACCAGUCCGAAUCUCACCCGAGGCUAUACUUCGUGGUUCCAUCCGAUGUUUAUUGGAACUACAAAUGGCAGCCAUACCAUACCAAAGACGGGAAACUAUUCAAAGCUCAACUUGGUGAUGUCGGCAAAGUAGAGCAGUGGGCUUUGAUGAUUCCGACGGGGACCGAGAAGCCAGCGACAGACAAAGACGAGGAAAACCAUGCUGGAACAAAAAGAAAGGCUAUUGAAGAGAUACAAUGA